AUGUUUAUAAUAUUUUUAAUUUUAUAUAACUGUACUCUAGUAAUUUGUAAUAGUACAUUUAAUUUAAAUUCUCAAUGGAAUCCUAAUAAUAUGAAAUUAAAAUGUGAUAAUUUAUUUAAAAAUAAAAAUGGAUAUAUUAAAAAGAUGGUAUUAAAAAGGUAUGGAGAAAUAUUUAUUCCAAGAAAUUUAUCUAUGAAUUGUAAAGAUAUCAAAAGUCGUGGUUAUUAUUCUACUAAAGCUUAUUCUAAUAAAGAAGAAAAGUUUCCAAUUGCAUUUGCUAGAAAUGUUCAUAAGGAUUAUGCUGUUGUUGAACUUAUGUUACUAGCUUCAUAUGCUCCACAAAAUCAUUAUUGUUUUAAUGUUGAUAUAAAAAAUGUUGAACUUUUAAAUAAAGUUAAACAAUUAGCACAUUGUUUUGAUAAUGUUUAUGUUGCUGAAAAACAAUAUGAUAUGAAUAGUUCUGGAAAAGGAGGUGUUAAAUCACAUUAUGAAUGUAUGAAAAAAUUAAUUAAUAAAAAUUGGAAAUAUAUUUUACUUUUACAGACUGAUGAUUUAUUAAUAAAGACUAAUAGAGAACUUGUUGAUAUAUUAACAACUUUUAAUGAAAAACCAUUAUUUACAUUACAUCGUCAUCCAACACAAUGGCAAAGAUAUGAUUAUAAUAUUUCAUGGUCAUAUAAAAAUAUAAAAAUUUUUCAUAAAGAUGAUCCAAAAAGAAAAAAUAAAAAAUUAAUGGAAAAAAAUAUAAAAAUUCAUGUUGGUUUUGUUGGAUCAGCAUUCUCUCGACCAACCAUUGAAUAUAUUAUAAAAAAUUUAACAAUAGAAAAUUUUAUUAAUAUGACUGAUAAAGAUUAUUAUGGUGUUGAUGAAAUUGUUUGGCCAACAUUAUUAUUAAAUAAUCCUCUUUUAGUUCCUAAUAGAAUAGAUCCAUCAUGUAUAAAAAAAAUUUUAAAUGAUGGUGAUAUAAUAAAAUAUGUUAGAAGAUUAAAUCCAUCUGAUAUUUUAGCAUGUAAAUCACAUUCAUUACAUCAUUCUAUAUGUGAUUUAGGAAUAGAAAAUUUAUCAGAAUUAAUGUCUACUCCAAAUAUAAUUGCUUACAGGAUACGACCACAAUUUGAUUAUGGAGCAUUUUAUUGUUGGGAAGAAUUUUUAUACAAAAAAAUGCAUUCAAAUAUUUAUAGAAAACAAAUUCCUUUAAUAUAUCGUAAUCGUGGUACACCUUUUUAUGGAAAAACAAAUAAGUAUAACAAACCAAUAAAAUGCCGAUAA